CGAAUUUCCACCGCUUCUUUUUCCCCCCUUCCGUCACCGCAGCGAUGGAUAUCCUAUAGCACGAACCUUCCCGAUCAAUAACCAAAUGAUAGAAAGCUAUACACGGGAAUAAACAAAGAGAAAAAGAAAUGGACAUCCCUCAACUCUCCACCCAGCUCACCGAAGCACCAACCCCCUUCCCAAAUUGUUGUCUAUCUAUCUCCAGCACCCUGGUAGCCCACUUAGCAUGGCUCCUUCCUAAAAGGCCCGCGUUCACCCUAUCAAUAGGCUGUGGAUCCGGUCUCCUGGAAGCACUGAUACUACAUAACCAUCCCAACGUCCAAAUCACCGGAAUAGAAGUCUCCACGUCAGUCAACCGCUACCUUGCAGAAGAGGACUUCGACGUGGUCAGCGGAACUUGGGAUCUGUAUGCGCGUGCGCCGCAGGCAGCAGCAUGGAUGUUUGUUUACCCGCGCGAACCGAAGCUGGUCAGCAAGUAUAUUGAGAUGUAUGGCGAUGGACCUGAGUCGUCAGUGCAGGUGAUACUGUGGUUGGGACCCCGUGCGGAUUGGGCCGAUUAUGAGCCGUGCUUUCGCAAUUCGUCGUUCUCAGACGUGUGUAUCCCUGUAGAUGUGGGAAUCAUGGAAUUUGAGAUGUUGGCAAUCAUGCGGAGGAGGUAGCGGUGUGUUUGAUGUUUGACGCUGAAUUAUUAUCUAUCACCAGUGUAUACAUCUGUUCGGGUCAUCGGACAGAGCCCGCGAGAUAGUUGAUUUCCUGGCUGGUAGCAGACGGGUUAGGGGAACAGGAUUUACGGAAGAUGCAAGAGGGUUCGCUGAUCACCACUCCUCCUCCUGCUGCUGCUGCUGCUACUAUCUGAUGUCCGGUCGGUCAUCCAAGGAAUCCUAGCGACGUCAUCAUAUUUCCAAGCCUUCAUUUGCUAUAUGUCACCAUCAUAUCCAGGACACGAAAGACUUCAAUCCCAU